AUGUUUACUAAAGUUGCUGCCAGAUCAUUCUCCUCUUCUGCCUCUUCUGCCUACAAGGUUGCUGUUUUAGGUGCUAACGGUGGUAUUGGUCAACCAUUAUCUUUAUUAUUAAAGUUAAACCACAAAGUUACCGACUUAGCUUUAUACGAUUUAAAGGGUGCUCCAGGUGUCGCUGCUGAUGUUUCGCACAUUCCAACUAACUCCACUGUCAGUGGAUACGACCCAGAAGGCUUAGAACAAGCUUUAACCGGAUCAGACAUAAUUGUUAUCCCAGCUGGUGUUCCAAGAAAGCCAGGUAUGACCAGAGAUGAUUUAUUCAACACCAAUGCUUCUAUUGUUAGAGACUUAGCCAAGGCUGCUGCUGACUACGCUCCAGAUGCUGCUGUUUGUGUUAUUUCUAACCCAGUCAACUCCACUGUUCCAAUUGUGGCCGAAGUUUUGAAGUCUAAGGGUACCUACAACCCAAAGAAGUUGUUCGGUGUCACCACCUUAGAUGUCUUAAGAGCUUCCAGAUUUGUUUCUGAAGUUGCUGGUUCCAACCCAGUUCACGAAAAGGUCACCGUUGUUGGUGGUCACUCCGGUAUCACCAUUGUUCCAUUAUUGUCCCAAACUGAACACAAAUCUUUGGACCAAGAAACCAGAGAUGCUUUGAUCCACAGAAUCCAAUUCGGUGGUGACGAAGUUGUCCAAGCCAAGAACGGUGCUGGUUCCGCCACCUUAUCCAUGGCCCAAGCUGGUGCUAGAUUCACUGGUGCUGUCUUAGACGGUUUAGCCGGUGAAAGAGAUAUUGUUGAACCAUCUUUCGUCGACUCUCCAUUAUUCAAGAGCGAAGGUGUUGAAUUCUUCUCCUCUAAGGUCACCUUAGGCCAAGAUGGUGUCAGUACUGUUCACCCAUUAGGUGGAUUAUCUGACCACGAAGAAAGCUUAGUCAAGGAAGCCAAGGACACCUUGAUCAAGAACAUCCAAAAGGGUGUUGACUUCGUUAAGCAAAACCCAUAA